AUGAGCUCCCCCCCUCUAAUGGCAAAGGCCACGAACCUGAUGGGCAUAGACGUAGUCGCCGAUGCGAGUCGUCCCCGCCGUGCGUUCGCUAAGGAUACGCUUAGCAUUACCAUCGAAGGUCCGCGGCGGCCACAGCUCACUGUUGUGGAUCUUCCUGGGAUAGUUCAGUCCGAAACCAAGGACACGUCUCACGACGACGUUGCCCUGGUCUCCGAUAUCACUGAGCACUACAUUUCUCAGUCUCGCACGAUCUGCCUUGCCGUCAUCUCCGCCACCCACGACUAUGCCAACCAGGAAAUCCUAAGCAAAGUGAGGAAGUUUGACAAGAGAGGGGAGCGUACCCUGGGAAUUAUAACCAAGCCAGAUAGACUACCCCCGGGAUCUGGGUCGGAAGAAGCAUUUAUCAGUCUGGCAAACAACCAGGAUAUACACUUCAAGCUGGGCUGGCACGUUCUUAAGAACCGGAGCUUCGAGGAAACAUCGUUUUCGUUCUAUGAGCGUAAUGCAUCUGAGACUGCGUUCUUUCGCAAAUCCCAUUUCAAGCAGCUAGCUCCCGAAAUGCUCGGUAUCAGCAAUCUGGUGAACAGGAUCAGCCAAUUACUAUUUGCCCACGUCCUGCAGGUUCUGCCGAGUCUCCAAAAUGAGACUAAUGCUGCGUUGGAAACUACCUUGAGCGAGCUGAAGCAGAUGGGACAGCCCCGUGUCAGUGUAGGGGAAUGCAGAACUUAUCUCACGCAGCUGGGCCAGGAAUUUUCAGAGAUCUGUAAAGCCGCUCUUUGCGGAAAUUAUGAAGGGAAAUACUUUCUUGGUACCAGCGGGCCUGCCAUAAAAUCGGUAUCAGUGCGACGUUUACGCGCGGUGAUCCAGCUCAUGAACCAGGACUUCUCUAACACUCUGAGGCUGAAGGGUCACAAAUUUCACAUCCCACGGUCUGGGGGGGAAAAAUUGAUCCGAAAUUGGUACCCCGAUGUCGACUUGGAACAUCCCAAGGCCGAGGAAACAGCUGAUGAGGAUAUUGAUGUUAAAAGCAGCCCCGACGGCAUUAAAUUGUUCCUCGAAAACCUAUCCCAAGGCGUAACGCGGCCUCCCAAAAUGGCCCACAAAACAGCUAUGGCGUGGGUUCGGGACCACAUCAUCAAGUCGCGUGGCAGAGAGCUUCCUGGUAACUUCAACCCCCUUGUAAUUGGGGAGCUCUUCUGGGAGCAAUCCUCAAGGUGGCAUCAUAUUGCACAGACACAUAUGGAGGAGGUAGAGGAUGUUUGUAGUCGGUUUCUCUGUGAGUUAUUGAAGGAAAAGUCGCCAACCGAUAUCUAUACACGGCUACUUCCUAGGGUCCAGGACGAAUUGGCUUCUCGGUCCAAAAAUGCGCAAGCUGAGCUUUGCAAACUCAUGGAGGAUAUCCACAGCUAUCCCAUCAACUAUAACCAUUACUACACGGAUACUAUCAUGAAACGUGGCAAUGACAGAGCAAAGAAAGAGCUGAAGGAAUGUCUGGAAAAGUGUACCACUCAGAAGGCUAUGCCUGGCUGUCAAUCGAACCACACCUUCGAUAGCGUCAACGUAGAUGCAGCACUAGAGCUAUAUUUCCGAGGUGUUGACCCUGAUAUGGAUAGACACAGCUGCGAAGCGGUCCUUGAUUGUCUGCUUGCCAUUUAUAAGGUAAUCCAAAAGGUUUUCAUGGCAAAUGUAACGACCCAGGUUAUCGAACGCCACAUUGUCCGGGGCCUUGACCAAAUACUAUCUGCUGUUGUUAUCGCAGGGUUGCCGGAUGACGAGGUCCAAAACCUCAGCUCGGAACCACCUUCGGGGAGAAAGUUAAGGGAAUUCUUAACUGACCGAGCAGAAAAACUGGAGAUGGGCCGAAAGGUGCUGCGCCAGGUUAUGCGAGCACCGGUGGUGUAG